GGCGGUGUAUGUCAUGUGCACUAUAAAGGCAGGGAGACGAAACGAUGUAGACGAAUCUUUACGUCAAAAUAAAGAAAGCAAACAGAGGAAAAAGUUCCAGAAAUAAAUCAUGUCAAGUUGUAACUCAGGUAGAAUAACAAGGCCAUCAUUAUUCCCAUCUGCAGGAACAAGUUUUACCGACGAAGGUUCUUCUAAAAAUCUUGACUGGCUAGAAAAUAAAAGCUUCACAUCAGACACUGCUGAAAAAGUUGUGAAGUUCCAAAAAGAGCUUGGAAAAUUACAGAAAAAGAGUAAGAGUACUGAUGAUUCGGAUGAUGAUGAUGGUAGUGGUGGUGAUGGAGUCAAAAGCAGAUAUCAUGAAGCAGUCUCUGGUGAUUCAGGCGUAAAGGGGCUCACAUUUGAUCUUACACAAACAGUAUCAGAUAUUCAUGGAGUCCAUAAAUGCACACAACGGAAGGAAUAUGAUUCCGCUGAUUCAGAAGGGUACAGAUAUCAGAAAAAGAAGACAAAGAAAAAGCGUAACUAUAGUUCUAGUGAUGAUGAUGAGGCUGGCAAUUAUGAAAGAAAGAAGAAAAACAAACAUAAACAUAAAAAGAAGCACAAGAAGGAAAAACAAACACGCAAAAAGAGAAAUGAUACAGUCAUACCAGGUAUAUUUGAAAGCAAGAAGGUAUUUUUGGACGAUAUAGAAGACAUUGCACCAGAACAUGCUUUUAAGUUAGACCGAAUACCAGACCACAACAGCUGGACAUAUGGUUCCCUGUAUAAUGGACAUAUAGCACACUAUAGACCGGCCUGUAACCAGUGUAUUGGCUCUGCUAGGAACCAGCCACUUUACCUGAAAGAUAGAGAAAAGGGCAAGAAAGAUAAAAUUUCAAAUGAAAGGUACCAUAGUAAAGAAAGCAGAACAUUGGUCAAACAGCCUGCUAAAGAGGUUAUUAGAGUAGCAAAAGAAGAAAAGAGCAAUGAAGUUGACAUGGGUAAUUAUAUUCCAGUAAAUCAAGCUAAAGCCAAUGAAGUGGAUUUGCAAGAAAAAGAUGUGAGACAAACAAUUCUAGAUGACUCUACAAGUCUGUAUGUGAUUGGUAAAGGGAAAAACACAGAACAAUUAGAAAUGGAAGAAGUGAGACCUGAUCCAAUGAGACUGAAAGUUGCUGACUAUAAUAAGAGGUUAAGAGAGACGCCAAGUAAUGUGAAACUGUGGCUUGAAUUUGUCAGAUUUCAAGAUAAACUUGUAUUGGUGGAGAAUGAACAGGUUUCUGUAGAUGAUACCGAAAAGGGAGGUAAAAAGCCAAGUGCAAGAGUAGUUUUGGAGAAGAAUCUCAGUAUUCUGGAUAAAGCAUUGGAGUCGAAUCCUGCUGAUAUAGACUUGUUGCUGGCAAAGAUAGAGCUGGAGUCAGAGGUUUCAGACACUUUUAAAAUGAACAAGGAGCUAGAAGAUUUGCUGUUCGUACAUGCUGCUAAUACAAAACUGUGGAAGUUCUACCUGACGUUUAAUCAGUCUAGAAUUUCUUCGUUCUCUGUGACAAAAAUGACAAAAUACUAUCAUAAAUGUUUCCGGACAUUGCUUAGAAUAUUGGAGGGGGAUGUACAAACAUGCAGUGUUCCAGAGAAUUUAGAAUCUGAAAUACUAGAUAUAUUUCUACAGUACUGUUUCUUUCUUACAGAUAUAUUUCUACAGUACUGUUUCUUCCUGAAGCAGACUGGAUACAAGGAGAAAGCUGUGGCAACAUUUCAGGCAAUGCUGGAAUACAACUUGUUUGCCCCACCAUCUUUAGUUUCCAAGAAAAUUAAAAUGGCAGAAUUUGAAGUAUUCUGGGAUAGCAACUGUCCCAGAAUUGGAGCAGCUGAUGCCUCAGGCUGGAAGAACUGUAUUGGAAAGGAGGUGACUGGUCCUGCAAAAAAUAGUUCAGAUUCUCUUGAAGAAAUAGAAGAUGGUAUAACAGAGAAAAAACUUCCAAAACAUGACGCAUGGUUAGAAAUUGAAUCCUUGAGAGAGCAGCAUACCUGGUUACCAUGGCAACCAGGUGAAGGUCAGACGGAGGACGAUUGUCAGGAUGUUGAGAGACUUGUUAUGUUUGAUGAUGUAUCUCCCGUAUUGUUUAAUGUCUCAGAGAAACUCAAGAUUGAAUUGGUGUCAUCAUUUCUGAAAUUUCUUGGUUUUCCUCUAGGAGUCGAUGUUUUAAGUACACAAGUGCCACCAAUGUGUUGUGAAGAUGUGAAGAAUUUGACUUCUUACUACCAAGGUAGUAUUAAAGGAGAUGUAGUAGCUGUAGAGGAUAAUGAGAUUCUCAGAAACCUUGCAGUUGAAGUCCUCAGGUUAGCUAUUCCAUGUUUCUCAGGGAAGAUACGAUCAGAUUUGACAAUAUGUCAGAUUGGAAUUCAGUUAAGCAAGUAUAAUCGUGAAGGUCUGUCAAAAAGUGAUAAAAAGGAGAUGAAGAAAUUGAUGAAAAAUUUGUUGAAAGAAGAGAAGAAUAGAAAUGAUCUUUUUAUUUGGUUAGCAUAUAUUGACCUUGAAAGGUCAAUCGGAAAACCAGGUGAAGGUGAAAGUGUUAUAGAAACAGCCUUGACAAUGUAUAGUGGUGAAUCUGUGGAACUUGUGAAUGAAAGUACUGUUGGAUUGAUCUCACUUUAUUGUCAGUAUUGUGUGAUGCUUCUUCACCUUGACCAGAAAAUUCCAUGUAAACUGUUGUCCAGAGAUUCGCCAGUGUCAUCAGAAAUUAAGAAAAAGGUGCUAUCUGUGGUGAAUUGUUUAGUUGAUAGUAAGAAAUUCAAUCUAAAAGAAUUGAAAGAAAUUUCUGGGGCUGUGACACUGAAGACUAUGUCAACUCUAGCGAGACUGAGUAAGUCUUUGUUUGAGUUGGUUUCUGAAGGGACAUCUGAUUUAUCAACAGAGAAGUUUCUAAAACUUGUUUGGUGUCACUGUUUAUUCACAUACUGUAAGUCAGGCAUAGCAUCUAGUUUAGAGAUUUACUCAUCUGUGAUAUCCUUAGUGUCAAACAGUAAUAAAAAUAGGUCAGACCUAGAGAAGAGGUUACAUACAGACCAGCUGAGAUUGAUAGUCUACCAUUUAUCACGAUCGUCUUCCCCUUUACAAUUGCUCAGAGAAUGCCUUGAUACAGCUCUACGGAAGUUUCCAGAUGACCCAGUUUUUCUCUCGUUGUUCACGGAUGUAGAGAGAAAGUCAAGAAUCAGUGGUCGAUUUAACUUUUACUUUGAUCGUUGGUGUCGGACUUUAGACGCGCCCACCCCAGCUGUAAUUGCUGUACUUACUCAGCUGGAUUUUAUCUCAGAUAUGACUAAUUCAGAAUAUUUGAGUACUUCAAGUACAAGUGGACUUGUACACAGGGCCAGAUCAUGGCUGGAACAAAGUCUUCUACAUAGUAACUUACAACAUUGUCCAUUAUUGUGGAGGCUUUACUUCCUAAUAGAGAAACAAGUGGGAGAUGGUAAUCGUUUAAAAGGUCUAUUUUACAGAGCAAUUCAACAGUGUCCAUGGAAUAAGAGUAUCUAUGUGGAUGGUGUGCGCAUGUUUGGAGCAGAACAGUUACAGGAGAUAGUCGAUCUGAUGACGGAGAAAGAACUGCGAGUUCAGAUUCCUGUGGAAGAAUUGGAUAUUCUUAUGUCGUGACAGUUUCAUGUGCCUUCCAUUUGUACAACAAAUGAUGUGAAUUUCUUUAAUUGCAAAGAUGUCAAACAAUUUAAAGUGGUGAUAAGGCCGAGUGGUUAAGCCGUCAGACUAGUAAUCUAAGGAUUUCUGGCUAUAUGGCAACAAACCUGUCGGGGACAUGUUGUUGUUUCCUUCAGCAAGAAAUCAUACACUGGUGCUUGAUACAGUUUGGUUCCGGGCUUCAAAUGUGUUUCCAUAAGCUUAUAGCUUCCAACACAAUAAAAUCAAAAUAAAUUUGUAUAAACUAAACAAUUUGAAAAGAUACUGUCAGUUUCAGUUAAAGUGGAACAAACAAUUAACACAAUAUGUUGAAGAUGUUUUGCUAAAGGAAACCAUCAUUUCGACUCAUAUAAUAAUUUUGUCAUCUACAUUUGAAAAGAUGUACAGAAUUUACUUAACGCACCAGUUAUUUACAAUAAUGUGUGAAAUUCCAAAUAAACAUGAAAUGUGUCGAUGUACACACAUUCUAUAUUUAUUAACAAAUAUUUACAUUCACAUAUAUGAUUUGUUAGCGUAUACAAUUUUGAAAUUUUCUAUCAAAUUUGUUUAGAUUGUGCCAUUUGUUUCAUCGCUAGGUUGAAGUUUGAAUAAUAAUUUUACAGAUGUG